AUGGCUGAACCGGCCUCAGAACUCGAACAAUUCCGCCAGCAGUGGAAAGAGGAAGUCAGCGCCCGCUCUAGAAAGCCAGAAAAGAAACCCGUAUCAUCAGCAUCAGCACAGCACAGACAGAGACGGACCAGCGAUGGCCGACCUGAGAGACCCGUCAACAGGCCCCCGACUCGCCACCCAGCGGCAGAUAUCAAACAGGACGAUUCCGACCACUAUAGCGAUGCAGAUCAGGCCGGCGGUAGCAGCUUGACCACGAUCCAGCAACGCACGGAAGCACUGAAAAUCCAUAAUGUGGACGACGAUGAUUUCACCGCGAGUGCCUCGUCCAAGAAAGAACCCACCAGCGCGUUGGAGCAUUUUGAACGCGCCGUCGAAAGGGAGAGCCAGGGAAACUUGGGCGAUAGUCUCUCCCACUACCGCAAGGCGUACAAGCUCGAUGCAAAGGUUGAUCAGUCAUACAAGAACAAGCACUUCCCUCAGACAGCCAAGUCGAAAGCGUCCAACCCUAAUCCUUCCAACGCUCCUGUCACAGUCCCUUCCACCGCCCACCACUCCCUCAAAGAACCCGGCCCGGAGAAUCCAACUUUAACUUUUCCCCAACUGAUUGAGUCCUUUGCACACGCUCAGAUUGAGGGUGCACCGCCCAUCGUCGAAGGCGACCGCCCUCCGCCUUGCGUUAUCAGGAAGCUCCCCACUGAAGUCCUGUUGGAGUUGCUAGAACAUAUCGCAAUCCGCGAUCCAGCCAUUUAUGUUCGGCUGUCGUUGGUCUGCAAGAAGCUGGCAUACCAUGUCGUGACUGACAAUGCCGUUUGGAGACGUGUGGCUCUGGGCCCGGAAUUCGGCCUCGCCGGCCAACAAUACGACUUCAAUACCGACCUGCAAGGCCGCAAAAUCACCUUCCGCGCUCUGGAUGAUGAAGAUCUUGCAGAUGAGGACGAAUCAUCGUCUCCUGCACGUGUGACGGAUCUUCCAUUUCCCAAAGACACUAUCUGGCGAGAGAUCUUCCACAACUAUCCCCGCAUCCGCUUCACGGGCGUGUACAUCUCCACCGUCAACUACACGCGACCGGGCGCCGCUUCAGUCACGGCAAGCACCUGGACCAAUCCGGUCCAUAUCGUCACGUAUUACAGGUAUCUGCGUUUCUUCCGUGACGGGACCUGCAUAUCCCUCCUCACAACCAACGAGCCCAUUGAAGUGGUUCACCACCUGACACCGGAGAACCUGACCUAUGUCCGUUCUGGAAAAAAGGAAGCUGCACAUCCCUUGAACUUCACCUCCUCGGCACCAGCCCUCCUCAAAGAAUCCGGCUCAUCCACUGCCGCAGCCGGGGGUGCCACCCCAAACACAGCCGCACCACCCCCAUCGGCACGAGAUGUCAUGAAACACGCUCUCCGGGGCCGCUGGCGCCUGUGCCACCCGAGCCUCGACCUGAUACCAGCCUCAGCAGAAUCCACCAGGCCGAGCCAGAGCCACGGCCAAGACCACCCGACAGUUCCAGUCCCAUCUUCCAACCCCACCUCCCCCACCAUGUCCCCCGGCGACCUGCACAUCGAAACCGAGGGCGCCGGCCCACGGUACAUGUACACGAUGCACCUGUCCCUGAAAUCCGCAGGGUCGGCACGCUCAAGGCACACCACCAAGAACAACAAGCUGGUGUGGAAAGGGUUCUGGAGCUUCAACGUGCUCACCAACGACUGGGCCGAGUUCCAUCUGCGCAAUGACAAGCCCUUCUAUUUCUCCCGCGUCAAGGGCUAUGGAUUGGGCUAUUGA